CUAAAACAUAAUACAGUGCAAACAAACCAAACCGACCACCCACAGAUAACAGUACAUACAAGCAAGCGUCGUCAGGCAGGCCGGGUCAAUAUCAAUAGGGCAGGUAGGUACAGGGGGAGCAAGCGGAGAUGGGUCGGGGUCACAGGCCAGGUUCAGCAGGUAGCAAGCAGCGUGGUACAGAGGGUCAGGCAGAGGGAUGGUCAGGAGCGAGCCGGGAUCAGAGCAGGAGAAGUCAGCAGCGGUUCAGAUCAGGCAGGGUCAGCAAAGGACCAGAAACAGGAUGCAGGACAGAUACAGGGCCCAGGACAAACACAACACCAAGGCAGAGUCUGCAAGUCUGGCCAU